AUGACAAAGAGGAACAUUCCUGCACGAUUUGUGCUAAUUUCCAAGCACCUGACUCAGACAGCUGUGCUCUAUCGUUUAGAACCCAGCACUUCCUCCACUGAGGGACUAACUAGUAUCAGCCAUGACCUAGGACUUUUGGAUAACAAACUGCAGGGUCCUCUCACAGAGCGCCUCAGCCAGAUCCAGGCUGAUGUCUCCAGCUUGGAGGGAAGGGUGCACUCCCUCGCCCUGACAGUGGACUCUCCCAUCCAGGCCAGACCCAGAGGGGAGACCAGGGACAAUGUGUUCCCCGACAGUCACCUUCACCUGACUGACAAGGUUCAGCGCUACUUAGAGAAGUUUCUUUUCCACAGGGACAAACUCAAAGUCUACUGA